CACCUUUUAACUAAGAAAGCACAAGCUCUACACCGAAAUCAAUGAGGAGUUUUCAAAUUAUGCAGGAUUAUUGCAAUAUUUGCGUAGUGGGUGUGUAGUUAUAGAGACGAAAGUAACAAGCGACAAGUUGACAGCUUUCUUGCAGUUUCUAAGUAAGCAGCUGAGAGGAUUUGUUAAGAAUUUAAGGAGGAAGACUCUCUCUUGAAAUUAAGUGUUGAUAGAAUGUUAGUGUACGUAUAUGAAAUAUUUUAUUGUUGUGGGGAUCUCCGCUGUGCAAUUGCGUCAUCGGUCCUCGGGAUUGGCGGGAAAAUCCCGCCAAAGUUGUUAGAUGCUUCUAAAGAUUCUAAAUACGAUUCUUUACCUUUAUUUUAAAUCCUUGGCUUAUUAAACAUUUUGUUUGCUCAAUAAUCAUUCUCGGAACGAGAGAAAAGAAACUUUAGCCUACGCUUUUCCCGCCGAAUCUUUAAUCAGCCUGUGUGGGCGGCAGUAAUUAUCGGGAUGCGCCGUUGAUCGGCCCCGACGUACUUCCGAUCGAUGCUACAGUAUUCAUAAACUUCGUUUCAAUGGCGUGUCGUGAGUGCUAUGUUCCUGGGUAGAUCAAUUUUCAGGAUCUAGUGACCUAUAGCAUGUACAAGGUUUUACUGACAAAUGUGCUAAGCUUCAUAUUGCUGCUGUGUGUGGGCCACUCGACGUUCCAUCCAUCGGAAGCUCUGCCGGUCGAGAAAUUGCCGAAGGGCGCUCGGUGGAUGACGAGCGGCUCCGACGAUGACACCGAAAGGGAAGAGACCUACAAAACACCCGAACACAAGUUGUACAUGAGACUAAGCAAUCCCGUGCCGCGUCUUGACAGAGACAUUCACAAAAACACCCCCACUUACGUAAGGAGAGGAAAAUUAUUUAACAGGAAUGGUUAUCUUCUAAGAAUAAACAGUGAUGGUACGGUAGAUGGGACAACCGACAAGAAUUCUGUGUUUGGUAACCUAGAGUUCCAUUCGGUGGGAACGAGUUUGUUGAUGAUUUUGGGCUUAACGAGCCAAAGAUAUUUAUCUAUAAUGGAUGAUGGUAUCCUUUACGGAAGUGAAGACCCAACGCUAAACAGUGUGUUUAGGGAAACGCAUGAAGAAAAUAUGUUCCACUCGUUUUUGUCGUACAAAAACUCUACUUGGCUUGUUGGAAUAAAGAAAAACGGAAAAGCGAAAAGGGCUUCGCGGACAAAAGUAGGUCAGAAAUCAACGCAAUUUUUGAUUACCUACAUGUAAUUCUUAGCAUAAGUAGUAUUGAUGUAGCAUUAAACUGCAAACACUGCAAAGCAGUGUGUCUCGUUAUUGGCAUUGUCAGUCAAGUGCAAAUGUUUCUAUUUUGAAGCAAUAUUUGAUUGCUGAAAUUAAAAUGAAUUUGAGAAUAAUUUAAUAAUUCGUUCGUUUCUUUUUGGUAUGAGAACGAAACGUUAAUUUUUUUGUACGGAGACCAAGUCUUCAAGUUAAUAUCUUUAUCGCGCGUAGUCAAUGUAAUAUAUUUAUAUUAAAGUUUUGCGGACUGCUUUAUGUAAGCGAGUCACACAAGAUCGACCGCGGGCGGUGUAUAUUUUUGGAAAAUCAGCUGAUUGAAUGAAAAUUUGUUGCAGUGCAGUAUAUUUUGUAAUUUACGCCGAUAUUCAUCUGGUGAUUUCAUAAAAAUCAUCGAUAACGUCGAGGAAACGGCUAAAAUUUAGGCUUGUUAAUGAGCCAACAUUGCCGUUAUAGUAACAUCAGGAGCUAAUGACUCUUGGCUCCUCGGCCACGUUUCCUAGUAUUUUGAAGCAUUUGUAUUUGACUGCCUUUUUACACUAACUGGCUUUAUUUAAUUACGAUUAUACAUAGACACACUCGUUUGUAACAGACCAAGGAUUUAAAGGGAUUUAUCAUUCGAAGUGGAGAAACAAGUGGAAUCCAAGAGUGUCCUUUGCGAGAUAAACCGUGAAACAUUAAAAUUGUACGAAAGCUUUUGUGUCUGCUCAACCUCGUUCCCAAGUGGAGAGGGAAGUCUGAUAACGAGCGAUGCCAUGUACCUGAGUAACUGUGCUGACAACAAUCACGGGCUCAAACAAUUUGAGUUUUAUUAUCACGUAAUUUUCGUCAUAAAGGAGUAUUUUACUUCGGCAAGCCGUUGAACUGCCAGCCUUCGCAGUUUGUUCUUAUUUUUAUUCUUUGAUUGCACGAGGACUUGUUAAAUACUGCACUUGUUUCUCCAUGGCGUAGUCUUAUAACACCAUUAAAAUACUGCUGAGUUUGGUUAUAUGGAAUAAUCUGAAAAUUAAUAACGAUAUAAUAAUGAUUGGUUUUUGGAAGGUGGAUUCGUCUCAAGGUACAUGUUUACUGUGUCAGUAAUUGAUGUAUUUUGGUAUCCAGUUGUGAUAUUCACAUAAAGUCCCGUCAACACUACGCCUGAGAAAUUGAAAAACGCAGCUUUGUUUCUACAGUGCGGCUUACCUUCUGCACUAUUCCGUCUCGAAAACGCUCCUCAAACCAGAGGAAUUUGAAAACGCAAAGCUGGACGGAAAUUUUCGAAAACGAUGA